AUUAUUGUCAAUCAUCAAGCGAUUUUCCAGUUUGAUAUUUGCUUGUGAAUGAUUAAUGCUAAUAGAAAAUUUUUAAUUAACUGACAUAAAAAAACCAAUACUUCCCAAUAAAAUCUAAUCAAUUAAAGAAAAUGAGUAUACUGGAACUCAUGGAUCUCAGUAAUUGCAUAUUUUCUGUAACAGCAUGUGUUUUUUUAACAAUUUGCUAUGUUGCGAGUUUGUAUGUCUGGAGGUCUAAAGAGAACAGGGAUCAUCCAACCACGAUCAAAAAAAGGUUUUUUAGCGUUUUCGUAAUGAUGAUGCUUGCACCAUUUUUGACGUAUUAUUUUCUCAAAGAAUCAACCGACAAUAUUGAUAUGUAUGAGAAAAUGGGCCUUCGAGAAACAGGAAUAUUUCAAGCUUUUGUUUUACCAUUGCUAUUGACUGUCAUUCUAUUUUUGGGACCAUUGUCUAUGCAAGUCUUCUCAGGAGCGUGGCGCAUAUACAUUGAACCUAUGUACUGGGUAUCAUGUUGGCAAGAUUUGGUUUGGGUGCGAAAUCACAUUAUGGCACCGCUCAGUGAGGAGUGGGUGUUUCGGGCUUGUAUGAUGCCUUUAUUGUUGCAGUGUUUAAAGCCCAUGUCUGCUGUUUUCAUUGGCCCUAUACUAUUUGGCAUUGCUCAUUUUCAUCAUGUAUUGGAACAAAUUAAAGCAGGAUGUGAGGUUAAAACAGCAUUGAUUGUUUCAUGUUUCCAAUUCACAUACACUACAAUGUUUGGUGCUUACUCAUCUUAUCUUUUUUUGAGAACCAGACACUUUGUUGCUCCACUCAUGGCACAUAUUUUCUGUAACCACAUGGGAUUCCCCAACUUCGCUGAUGUACCACUAUUCCCUCCCAUGGAAAGAUUUAUUAUUAUAUGCAAUUAUCUAUUAGGAUUAGGUCUUUGGUGUGUUCUCUUAAAUCCCUUGACAAACCCAGAGCUGUAUGACAAUAGAAUGUACAUUGCUACUUGAAUCAUUUCCACAUGAAAGGAGUUUAUUUAUUUUGGGUUAUUGAUUGUGGUAAUGAUUUAUAAGUAGCUGAACAGUGAACAUACACUUUUCAUUGUAUGUCACUAUUUAAUAAAUCAUUUGGAUAGGGCCUGGGCCUACAUUUUGUUUACUAAUUUGAUUAAUGAUCUGUUAAAAACGAUUCAUGACCAUUGUUGCGAGGUUUCAGGAUAAUAUUUACAGUUUAAAUUUAAUAUAAUUGUCCUACUUCAUGACGUGUUGGUUUUGCCGUCAAAUGUCAUGAAUGUGGGUAAAAAAUAUCAGUAGGUAUUACAAUUCUAUUUUCAUGCUUUUUAUGUAGUGUACAACGUGUUAACUCAACAUUUAUUCGUUUUGUAGAAACAAUUUAAAAAAAUCUUAAUAUUAAAGAAACUCAGUUUAGUCACAUCACUUCUUUAGUAAAGGGCAGAACGGAUUUAAAAGAAUUUUUGGUUUGGUGAUUUGUUAUUUAAACAAUGUUGCUUAAAUAAUGUAAGAUUGUAAUCUGCUACUUACUACAGCUACUAAGAACGCGUCAAUUUUCGUUUGAUAUGAGGCAAUCUAAUCAAUUUUGAUUGUUUUCCUCAUAAUUAUGAAUUGUUUGGAUAGUCAUUGCACAUUUCAUAUUUCUAUUAUAUUAUUAUUAAGUUUGUUUAUGUGAAUUUUAUGUGUCUCUCAAGGUAUCAAGUUGUUUUCUUAAAUAAGACUAAGUUAAAAGAAUCUUGUCAGGGUGCGCACAAAACGUUAGAGACAGUAUUUUUUAUAAACUGCUCAUUUGAACGAGAUUUUGAAUUAAACUCAAUAUUUCGGUGUUUGUCGUUACGUUUAAUUGCCAUUAUUAAAUAA